GACGUAAACUGUGUGCGCCUACUGUAGCUGAAGUGUGGAUGGAAAGCGUUCCCACGUGUUCAGGACCCAGACGGCAAGACACGGAUCCCUGGUCGUAGGAACGCAGAAUGUCUUUCAGAGGGAGAGGAGGUUUUAAUCGAGGAGGAGGUGGUGGCGGCGGCAAUUGGGGUGGGAGAGGAGGAGGAGGAGGUGGUGGCAGAGGUGGCGGCAGAGGUGGCUUUGGAAGAGGAGGAGGACGUGGAGGAUUCAACAGAGGGGGUUUCAACAGAGGAGGAUAUGACCAAGGACCCCCUGAAAGUGUUGUUGUGGCCGGGGAGUUUGUGCAUCCUUGUGAAGAUGAUGCAGUAGUGAAAUGCACCACAGAUGAAAACAAAGUGCCUUACUUCAAUGCUCCCAUCUAUCUGGAGAACAAAGAACAAAUUGGAAAAGUGGAUGAAAUAUUUGGACAGCUCAGAGACUUUUAUUUUUCUGUAAAACUGUCUGACAAUAUGAAGGCAUCUUCGUUUAAGAAGUUACAGAAGUUUUACAUUGAUCCAGCAAAGCUGCUUCCAUUGCAGAGGUUCCUUCCUCGUCCUCCAGGUGAAAAAGGACCACCUCGUGGUCGAGGCGGAAGAGGAGGUAGAGGAGGAUUUGGAGGUGGCAGAGGAGGCGGUAGAGGAGGAUUUGGAGGUGGAAGAGGAGGAGGAUUUGGAGGUGGAAGAGGAGGUGGCUUCAGAGGUGGACGUGGUAGUUUUGGUGGUGGCGGCGGUGGUUUCAGAGGUGGCAACCGUGGUUUCCGAGGAGGUCGGUAACGAAUGCUAUGAAUCUGGAAUCAUUUGCUGCCUUUUUACCGUUUCUGGAUUUUUUUCUAAUGAAGAUGGAAAUGUUGCCUUUUGUUUUCUUCUGAAAUGGGACUAAACAUGUCUAUAAAAUGCAGGACAAGAAGUUCCACUGCAGUGUUUACAACUGUGUUCAGUUGUUGUAUGGUUAACGGAAACACUGAAUAAAUACAAAGGUGUCCUAGACCAGGAAAUAUAAUUGUCUAUUUUUUAUGACCGUGACUUUUUCUAAGCCCCACAUGUGGUUGCUUUUUAUUUACAAAGUUAUAUACUGUUUUAGACUAGAUUGGCUUUUUUUCAGAACAUGUGAUCUACUGGAAGAGCAUAGCAGGCUGGCAUUUUCAUAGUCGCCCUGUGGCUAUUGUGUGAGCGUGUGUAUAUAUUCACAAUAUUACAGUCAACAAUGCCAAUAAAACAUUUUCACCAGC